CCUCGAACUGUGUUAAAGGGACAGGAAGUGCGAGUUAGCCAGAGCUCGAAAGGAGAAGAUUACGGCUGUCUGGUGUCAACGACUGUUGCAUGUUGUUUGUCGGAGAUGUGCUUUUCAUUCCCGAAUGUGGUGAUUUAUAACGACUAAAACGUAUUAAAACUGAAAGUAUUAUAUUUGUUUGAGUAAAAAAAGGUUUAACGAUGAACGGUAAAUCUGCGAAUGGCACAGCGGGCGGAACACUGGCCUCCAUUGAGGGGCUACCCCCACUGCCAAAGAGCCUAAGCGGCUUGCUGAAUUCAAGCGGCGGGUCUUGGAGAGAGAUGGAGAGGAUGUAUGCAAAGAAAACCAUGAUCCAAGACGACCUUAGCCGUGGGCGAAACAAUUCCGACAAUCUGCUUGCAAAUAAACCGGCCAACCUUGAUGCGGCUUUAGCACUCCUCCGAAAAGAAAUGGUGGGAUUGCGUCAGCAGGAUAUGUCGUUGCUGUGUCAGCUCUGGUCCCUCCAUGAGUCAAUCCAAGAGUACAAAGGCAGUUGCCAGGAUCUCAGCGCCGGGCAUGGGAUAGAGAAUGGCUACUUUGACGAAGAUGAUGAAUACUACCAGGAGACCAGCACAACACCAACUGAUCAACCGGAGGGAAGUGAGGCGACAUCUCCCAAAAAUGGGACAAGCAAGGACUCCUGGCUACAAGACUCUUUCCACAUCACCAUUUGAGUGACCCAAGAGCUGAGCUGUUUGCUCCUAAGCUUGACUCUACACGUUUGAGGCAAUACGCUUUUUAUAAAGAGCUGUGCCAUGCAUUGAGUUUUGCUGGCUUAUAGUCCUUUUUCAGCAGACUUUUUUUUCAUAAAUAUAUACAAAAGUUAAUUAUUUAUUAUAAAUGUUUUUUCCCUUAUUACUAUGGACAUUUAGAGUUUUCUAUGAUUGGGUUGUGUGUACUUCCAAGCUCCUUGUCAUCUUCACAAUGUUUACAGGAUUGAAAUCCCAGACACUGGGACAGUCUUGAUAAACAAAAUGGAUGGGAUUCCUGUCCUUGCAAUCAGGGGAGGAAAUCAACUUUUAGAUGGCAUGUAGUGGCAGCUGUGACUGGUUUGUGUUGCCACGGCUGGAGAAAAGUAUAAAAUGCUGGAAAUUGCUUACUUCUGGAAGGGUUUAAAAAAACAGGGGUAAGUAAGCAUGUGCUUCUCAAAGCCCAGUCUAUGGUGUGCAGACGCCAGACUGUGCUUCCUUUCAUAAUGUGCUGUGGCUCCAUACUUUUUCAGUUAAUAGUUCUUCAAUGAGACUGGGAAGUCUGCAUUGUUGAAUUAAGUACAGUUGCUUCCAUAAACCUUGUUUUCAAUUAACUCAAUACAGGGUACCCAUUACGAAGUCAAAGUAUGUUGACCCCACUAGGACAUGCAUUUAGUGCACGUAUGGCAAUGUUGACUAUAGUCUCCCAUAGCCAACUGACCCGAUCUUGAGUUUCUAUGCGCACUCAACAUUUAGUUCCAUAGACCGCAUCAAAAUUAUUUAAGCUAGAAAUGCAUUCUUUAACUUUGACAAUUUUGUGUGUAAACUGGUCCACAAUUCAUGUGCUUGUGGUACGUAAACCAAAGAGUAUAUUUGAUGCUCGUUUGCUGAAAUGUAUUGGGUUUUAGGAUUGAUAGUGUAAAAUGCAAUGCUCUUCCUGAUGCAUCUAGUCUGUUUACUCUCCGAACAAUAUAUCAAGAAUGUUUUGUAAUACUGGUGGUUGAUCUGUUAUGUAUGUUUUCUUCACUGAUUUAAUGCAAUUGAACAAUAUACACACCAGAGGAUGAUUGGAGGUCAUAAACAGCAUGCUUUCAAAAUGGGGAGUUGAAAGAAAAUGUUCACGGUACCUUCUAUGCCUCAAUGUGAGUGAUCAUGUACUGAAUUUUCUACCUCCAGCUAAACUGUAAAUGUGUAUUACCGCCACCAGCCGCAAAUUGAAAAUCUGUAUUUAAACAGAAUACUUAAAAAAAAUCUCCAUUUAGUGCCUUUUUAGGUCUCAGACCUUGGCUAUUGUUGUCUGUCCCUUCAACUCACAGCACUUUUCUCAACCUGGUCAUGUCUUUUUGACAGUCUCAUGGUAAACAUGUUGUGCACUGCAUACAGCAUACUGUAACUCCAGUUACUUGUUCAAUUCCCACCUAAAAGGAAACCUCUUAUGUUCACCAGUGUCAAUAAUCCAAAUAUGAAAUGUACACUUUUUCAUGUGGCAAUGGAUAUCGUCUUGAUUUCAUCCAAUCAGAAAGCUGUGUUCUUGUACCACAGUUCAUCUCAAGUUGUUGCCCCUGAAUCCAAAUCUACAGACCUAAAGGAAUCAAUAUAGGCCUCAAGCCAAGAAAAUUAAACAUUGAUUUCAGUCUGGUGUCAAGGUGGAUGAAUCUGUCAUCAAAUGAAUAAUAUAUUAAUUUCAUCUAUGAAUCUGGAGGAUUGACAAAUAUAUUGUGUUCCCUCAGAUACAAAACUCAGUGUAUUUGAAGGGUGUGUUUUGUAUCAAUCCAUUCCUCAUGUUUGUUAUUUUUCAGUGAAUGACCAUACUACUGUUUUUGGAAGAUUGUUAUUAUGCUCUCAUGUGAUAGCUAUACUUAUGGAUUUAAUAAAAUGACUUGAUACUC